AUGCGAGUGUUUUCUUUUCUUAUAGUGCGAGAUGGUGAAACUGUGAAACACUACAGGAUCCGACAGCUCGAUGCAGGGGGCUACUUUAUUGCUAGGAAGGCGACUUUCUCAACUUUGACUGAACUUGUCAAGCACUAUAGCCAGAGCAGUGAUGGUCUAUGUGUAAAGUUGUCUAAGCCUUGUACCAUGAAUAAAAAUGACUUCCUUAGAGAGGCAGCAAUAAUGAAGAAGCUGAGGCAUCCGAAGCUUAUCCAGCUCUAUGCUGUUUGCAGUUUAGAGGAGCCUAUUUAUAUUGUUACGGAACUGAUGAAGAAUGGCAGUCUGCUUGAAUACCUCCAAAAGGAUGGUGGAUUAAAGCUGAAAAUUCCUGACCUGAUAGACAUGGCAGCUCAGAUUGCUGCAGGAAUGGCAUUCUUGGAAUCCCAGCACUACAUUCACCGAGACUUAGCUGCAAGAAAUGUGCUUGUUGGUGAAAAUAACAUCUGUAAAGUGGCUGAUUUUGGUCUGGCGAGAUGCUUUAAGGUGGAAAAAGACAAAGAUCCUACAGAUUCUGAUGAUGUAUACCAAGCUUCAGAAGGGGCAAAAUUUCCUGUGAAAUGGACAGCACCUGAAGCAAUUAACUUUUGCAAAUUUUCUAUUAAAUCUGAUGUGUGGUCAUUUGGAAUUUUGCUCUAUGAGCUUGUAACUUAUGGAAAAAUGCCAUAUCCAGGUUGGACAAAUUUUCAGACAAUCCAAAAAAUUGGAAGUGGAUACAGAAUGCAUCAACCACCCAGCUGCCCUAUCCCUCUUUAUAAUGUUAUGCAGCAGUGCUGGAAGGACAACCCAGUAGAACGACCAACAUUUGAAACAUUGCAGUGGACACUGGAGGAGUUUUUUGAAACAGACCCUACUUCCUACUCUGACGCUAAUGCUUUUGUAAGAUAACAUUGCACUAGGUGACAUUUUGAUCAGUUUGCACAAUGUACUUUAGGUACUAAAGAAACAAGUUUCCCCUGCUGCUGCUUCUGCUUGUAUGAAGACAAUCAGAGAAGAAAAUAUCAUACACUGACUUCCCAUAUAAUUCUUUGACUGUGCAUAAUCUUGGAGUUCAGAGAAGCGAGUCUGUGUGCUGGAGAAAAAUGACCCUAACAACGGUAAAAUUUGUAAAAUACAGAACAUCUUCUGUAACAGAAUCACCGAGUGGUGUCUUCAAUAGAGAAUAGCUGCUGUAUCUUCUCACUUCUGUUUUCAGUAAAUGAAGGAGUUUAUUUCUGUGUCAGAACCACUGGAGUUAAAAAAAAUGUAAAUUAAGACACUAUUUAUAUAUAAGAAGAUUAAUUCUGUUCUUUUAAGCAGAGUAGAAUCUUGGGAUUUUUUAAAAUCUUUACGGUACUGUACUUUAUUUAGAAAGCAUUAACUGAUUGCUUAGUUUUAAAAUUCUGCUGUUCUCUUACAGCCCUUCCUGUAAAGCUGCUUCCCUCCAGAAACGUGUCACAGUAGCAAAACAUAUCACAUUGAAGGAUGGAGAAGUUGUUAAGGAGUAAACUUUUGGAGGGUGAAAUAUGACAUAGUAGCUUUUUUUUUUUUUUUUCCAUAUCAGACUAGUUUAUUCUAAUCUGUGGAAGAGUAAAAUGCUCAUUUGAUAUUUAGAUAUCUUACUGAAUGGCUGCAGAUCAAAAAAGUAAGUAGAUUUUAAUGUUUUGAAAUCAGGAACAGUAUAUGUAUCUUAUAAAUAUUAAACAGUUUCCACAUUUUAUAAACUUUGAGUAGUGAAGUGUAGGUUUUCCCUUCCAUAAUUUUCCAAAACACCUCCCAUCAUCAGUAAGCAGAAGCACUGGAAAUGUAAUUUCCUUGUAAGGUGAAGCAUAUAAUAAUCUAUGUUUACACUGAAUACUUAAAUUGGACUAAGAUUUUUGUUUACUGAAUGCAUUUGUUUUGGUGUUGCUCAAUAUUUCCUAACCUUAAUGGUACUGUUUGGACAGUUGGGGCCACAGUAAAUACCUUAAACUCAAACUUGAGAUAAAAUUACGGCUCUCUAGAAAGGUGCAGUUAUUUGCCAUUUAUAAUAAAGUUAGCUUUUCAAAAAUGAUAUCUACUUCAGCUGUACAAAAAAUGUCAUGUCAGCUUCAAAACCUUUUGUGCCAUUAGUUUUAAGAACUCCUUUCAAUAUUUUCAGUUGAAGUACUAGAGCUUACAAGUUGGUUAUUUAGUGAAAGCAGACUUCUUCAGGGUGCUUUUUCACAGCCCAGACACUAGCUGCACUGUUUCCAGACAGAGCCUUGCUUGUGUAAUGUUAAUGUAAAGUUUCAUGCUGGGGGCUACAUUACGUAACAAACACAGACAGCUUCAACUGGGAGAGCAGGGCGCAUUUCUUGCUGCCACAGAUAGAGUUAAAGCGUGUUUCUUCUGAAAACAAGAGGAUUACUGAUAUGGGGAAUGGCCAGGUUGUAAUCAUUGGUUAAAGUACUCAUAGUAUUUAAUUUCAUAUAACCUAAAAAGUAAAACUGUAAUGUAAUGUUCUGUUAAUCUGAACAAACUAUCUGCAAGUGAGUAAUACUUAAGUGUACAAGUAUUAAAGGAGAACAUAAACAUUAUUUGGCAAAAAAUGUGAAUGAUUUCAUAAUGAAGCAAAAUGCUAGGAUAUUGCAAAAAUGUAACAUACUGUGACAGUAUUUAGAAAACAGUUUAAUUUAGUUUGUACCCUUUACUUUCCUAUAGAAAAAAAUAAAAACAAAUCCGUAUCUGUUAACAAACAGAUGGGAAUAACUCCUAAGCAUAGGUAGAUAGCUGGCUGCUGUGGUUCUACCACAAGAAUUUGAGUCCCAAGAGCUAGAAGACCCCUAUCUUGAAAUCAAGAGUUGAGCAUCCUGUAGAUUGUGUACGCUGCUGCUCAACUUUGAACUUGAAUGUGAGUUUGGGCAAGCAGCUGCUGCUGCAACUUACCUGAACACGUUAUUUGAGUUUGAGCCAUUAGGUGUGGCAGGCUUGGGGGGGGGGGUAUAAUUUAGGGCAGAAUAUUUCUGAAGGGGAUUUAGGAUGGUUGUCAUAGGGUUAAGGAGCAAUUAGAGAAUUUAGAUUUAGGAAGGCUGGUUGGAGUUUUAGUGUAAGAGUGUGAGGACUUUGGUUAGGAACAAGUGGAAGUUUUAGGGUUAGAGUUAGUUACAGGAGAUCAUGCUAGUUGGGAGUUAGAGCAUUUACUUUUUUUCAAGCAAGUAGAAGUGAGCAAGUGCUACUCAAGGUACUAGCUUGCAAGCUCUUGUAGUAGACCCAACUACUGUGCAUGCAUAUCUUGUUAAGCAAAAAAUGAUCCACAGACUAACCCUGGGAUUCAGGAAAAUUCUCAGUGUGAGCAUAAACUACAGUAGUCAAAAGGUUCAGUUUACACAGUUACAUAAAUGAAAUUCAAAGACCUUUUUAGAUUGAAGGAGGAAGUCCUCACUAUCAGCUAAUUUGCAUGUCUCUGAAUUGCCAGUAAUUACCAUCUGUGCUAAACAUCACUUUCUGGAGGUAAUUCAUAGGUGUUUACUAGGCUAACGACCACAAGGGCCUUUUUACACCUAGUCAUACAUCCCAAAUCUCUGACAAGUUUUGGUACCCUUGAUAAGUGUAAACAGAGGCCUGGGAGAUAAACCAUCUACAUGUUGCCUGUGUCCAUUAGAGACAUAGGUGUCAAGCCAGGAAUGAAUCUCCCGUUCCCCUUCCAAUUAUCCAAGUUAAGCUUGAAGUGGGUUAGGGAGGAAUUCUGCUUCACAUGGAUGGGGGGGAGCAUGUUCGAGAGACUGGGUAGUCUAUGGGAUACAUACCUGUCUGUCCAGCAGAUCCUGUUUAUAUCAUAGGUAAGGUUUAAGUUGCAGAACAGGUAAUUCUGGUGCUUUUUGUUUUGUUUUGUGGAUAUGCAGGAGGUCCAUCAGAGUGGGGUCUGACAAUGCCCUGUAUGCCAAGCAUAGA